CUUCAAAAUAUGAGCAAAGGUGUGCCGGCUCAUGUUUGCACAAGAGAUGAGGGGAUCUCUGGUGUGUUAUUAUAACCCUGAUGGGCUCAGGUUUCCCGUGCGAGGGUAUGAUGAUGUUCAGUGCCAACGCACAUGCAGGUUAAUUUAGUUUUGUUUCAUCUGUAAAGAUCCAUAGAGGCUUCAGCUCUCAGAGGAGUAGACUGUAGAGGCGCUUUCUUUCGGAGGGAUGAUCUUCACAGCGGAGCAGAUCAUUUGUGUCUGUGAGGUUCUGCUGCAGGGUGGUAGCAUGGAUCGUCUUGCCAGCUUCCUCUGCACUCUUCCUCCCUCUUCUUCUUCAUGCCUUGCGGAGCUGGAAAGCGUCCUGAGAGCCAAGGCGGCGGUGGCCUUUCACCAAGGGCGCUUCUCAGAUCUCUACACCCUGCUGGAGGGCUUCCCCUUCUCCCCACGCAGCCACCCGUUCCUGCAGGAGCUCUGGCUGCAAGCUCACUACGCCGAGGCCGAGAGGCAGAGGGGUCGGCCCCUGGGGGCCGUGGGGAAGUAUCGGGUUAGGAGGAAGUUUCCUUUACCCCACACUAUCUGGGAUGGAGAGGAGACCAGUUACUGUUUCAAGGAGAAAUCCCGCAGCGUGCUGAGGGAGUGGUACCACAGAAAGCCAUAUCCUUCCACCAGAGAGAAGAAGGAGCUGGCAGCGGCCACUGGUCUCACGUCCACUCAGGUCAGCAACUGGUUCAAGAACCGCCGGCAGAGAGACCGAAGCACCGAGAUUUCCAGUUUCCGAACUCCACUUGCUGGAGGGCCUUCAGGAGAAAUGUCUGACCAUGAAGGUUCUCCUCAAAGCAGACCUCUGCCUCGGAGACGCCGCCCCUCACCCCCACGCUUGUAUCACCCUCCUCUUCAUCACUUGUGCCAAGAAUAUUAGAAUUGUAUUGAAUUACAAAGCAAAACCCAGGACUUGCCUUAAACCAAACACGAGACAAUAAUCAGGAAGAAUGGGUUUCGUACAUAAAAGGGGGG